AUGGACCGACUGGUUCGACUCUUGCUGUCUAAAGGAGCUAGUGUUAAUGUACUUUCUUGUGAAGGGAUGCCACUACAUGUUGCUGCCUCCUAUGGGAAGUCUGGGAUCAUGCAGAUCUUGUUGCAACACAAUGCUGAUCCACACAAGGUCGUGGCAGAUUUAGGCACUCCCAUGGCUGCAGUUCUUUCUGUUGCUUCCGGAAGAGUUAGUGAGUCUGCUGUUUUGAAGUGCAUGAAACUCCUUGUCAAGGCUGGUACUAAUUUGAAUUUCACAAAUCCUGAUCCUCCAUUGGUGAUAGCAACUAGCAAAGACUUAUCUGGAUGUGUUGAGUAUUUGUUGGAGGCCGGUGCAAAUGCCAAUAUUCCGAGCAAUCAUGGCUGUAUGACACCAAUAGAAAUCGCUGCAAACUCUGGCAGAAGAAAGCUUGUUGAGAUUCUAUUCCCGUUCACUUCACCCAUUCAAACUGUGUCAAACUGGACUGUUGAAGGAAUCAUUGCCCAUGCAAAAUUAAGGAAGAACAAGAGCGAGCUAAGUGAUAAAGAUAGCAAUGUUCAGCUGAAAUUAAAUGCAGAAAAAGCAACCAAGAAACAGGAUUCUAGUGCAACAAACCCCUGUUCAAAGAGAGGUGAUAAAGAUAAGAAGGCUGAGCUGAAAUUACUUGGUGCAAAAGCAGUGGAGCAGAAGGACUAUGCUAGUGCAUCAAAAUUCUACAGUGAGGCAAUCGAAGUGGAUCCUGAUGACGCAACGCUUUAUUCAAAUAGGAGCCUCUGUCAUCUAAGGAGGGGUGAAACAGAUGAUGCUUUGCUUGAUGCUAAUGCUUGCAUAAGGCUCCAGCCUGAUUGGCCGAAAGGCUACUAUCGGAAAGGAGCUGCCCUCAUGUCGCUCAAGGAGUAUAAAGAAGCAUGCGAUGCAUUCUUGGCUGGAGGGAAACUGGAUCCUGCAAGUGCGGAGAUCCAUGAUGCAUUUUGGGAAGCAGUUGAGGCAAUGAAGAAAGAAUAUUCGGCUCGACAAAAUUCCAAGUCAUCGGAUUAGAGCUUGGGCGAGUUCCCUGCUGCUGGGUUUAGUGGUCGCUUGCUGGCUUCUGUUUUGUACACUUCUGAUGAAGUGGCGGUUUCUUUUUUUUUGGUCUAAACAUACGGUGAAAUGGUGAGAACGCUAAGUUCCCUGAAACCGCGACGUGCCUUA